UCACAUGUCAAAGUUAGAAUAACUGAAUAUUAGUUUUGUAAAAAAAAACAAAACAAUUUAUUAGGCGUCCUUUAACAUAUAUUUAAAGAAAAUUGCACAAUAAGCGAUAUUUUAAAUCUUUAUUGUGAUAAUGCGUAAUUUUCUCGAUCUCCUGCUUUUUUUCAAAUCUCAUGAUAAAAACCUCCUGAUUUUUAUUCCGACCCAGCGGCAACACUAUUCUUAGAUCAUGGUUUGGAUGUUGUGUGCAAGUCGUACAAUUUCAUUGAUUUGCAGUUUGCUUUAGAUUAAAAUGCAUCACUUCAUGGCUUCUCGAUUACAAUUUAUGAAAUAAAUUCUAGUGCAAGUGUGAAAUGAAAAAAGUAAAAGAAUGGGCAAUGUGGUAAAGAUUAUCAUAAGCUUUUAGAAUGGGUUCUCAAACACUGGAAAUUUUGAGACAAGGUGUCUGGGCGAGUUUGACAGGAGGAUGGUUUUAUGACCCACAUCUCGAUGUUUUUUCAAAUACUUUUCACCUUUAUGUAUGGCUCUUCUUACUUUGUUUGCCAUUCACGAUAUAUCUCUAUUUUCCACCAACAUUCUUCGUAUGGCUUGCCUAUUGCUCGUCAAUUAUUCUUCUGUUUGGGACAAUAAAAGGUGUUAAUCAUGCCCUUCACUGCGUGUAUGAUACAACUGAAUGCCUAGAAGAACCAGCCCAAAAUGUUAGUCAACAAAAGUCGGAAAGCGAAAAAAACCGAGCUUCUCGUAGUAAGCGCCAUGAUCCUCCCCAGGAUCAAUUGGAUCUUGGUAUCGAACUUCAAGUAUUAAACGGAAAAACAGAUACACCUCCUGUUGAAUGCUCUUCUCGUAACUCAUAUAUAGAACCAAACAACGUUCAAAAUGUAGAUGCUGAUAGUAUAACCUCGGAUUACGCACGUGACAAGCCAAGUGCAACAAUAGACUUAAAAGUUGAAAUUCACCGCAAAAACAGUUCGGAAAGUUCUGAGGAAAAUUCGCAUUUGAACAAACCAAUAACAACUAGUUUAAAUGUACGCGAAACCGAGUUGGUGACUUCUCAAGAUCAUGAACCACGUUGCAAAAGUAAAAUAAACGUUAUGUCAGAAUGGCGACUUAAAAGACAAAAAUGUGUAGUUAUAGCAGAAGAAAAUCGUCCUGUGCCUCGUAAACUGUGUCACAAUGCUCCGGAAGAUUCUCGAAAUCGAGAAAGCCGACAUUCUAAGCAGAAAAGCUUGGGGAAGACAGGUUCCGAAAGUCAGAUUAAACAAACUGGAUCCCUAGAGUUACAGCAGCAUGGUGAUGACUAUCCUUACUGGAAAUCUAAUCAAAGUGUUCGAAGACUUAAUUCAAACUAUAUUUCUAUGGAAAAUCAUCUCAAGACCGAUCAUCCACAAAGCCUCGAGAUUAUCUCUAAAAACGAAGAUCCUGACAAGAACCAAAUUUCUUCUCAUCCUCAAUCUCUAGAAGUAAUUACCAAGAAACCGCAACAACAACUAGUUCAUCCCCAAAGUCUCGAAACUAUUGGGGCAUCUAGUAAAAAUGCCAAUACUUCUGAUGACAAUAACUUGCCUCUGUAUCCUCAAAGCUUGGAAACUAUUAAUUCAAAAAAAGUUUUAACGCAAAACACUUUGAAGCGUAAUCAACUGCAGUUGCUGCCAUAUUUGAGUUAUGGAUCAGAAAUCGUUCAUCCGAUAGCAGAACAAAGUGACGAGCAAUUUUUAAAUGAGAAUCCAGGUGGUUUUCAACUCAGAAAUGCGUAUAGCCCAUUACUAACCCGCAAAGAAGCAGAUAACACUCAUUUUAGUUCGAAUCGCGAUAGAAGGCUUAGUAUUGGUGGAUCCGAGAAAAGAUUUUUAAGGUUCAUUGGUGACACAGCAAUCGACAACAACUCAGCAAAUUCUCGCGAAGCUUUGCUUGAAGGUUCCGAAGCUGGUACUAAAAGGAGGCUCAGUAACGCUAGUCAGAGCAGUUCCGAGCUUUCUGACGGCGAUAGACGAAGGGAAAAGCGACAAGAGCAGAGGGGAGAGAAAUUGAAAAACUUCAAUGAUCCACUCACCGAGAGUGUCGUUGGGAUCAACUGGCUUUUUGAGAACGGGGAAUUCGGUGUGAAUGCUUGGGCCAAUAAAAUAUUUUGGAGUUUGAAGAGUUUUGACGAUACGGAUACAUCAGCUUAUACUGGAUAUCUUCAUUCAAAGGAACCAGACUCGGGAGAUUCCAGUACGACAACUUUGAGCAUAGAAAACGAAAUAAAGGUGAAGCUAACCCUCUUUCCUUCCUCUGAAGUCGAUAACAAGCGUCAGCAGGGUGCGAUCCCUAAGCAAAGCUCCUCUAAAGUUAUAUCUGAACCUGUAAAUGAAAGCACAACUAGUUCCGAAGCCAGCAGACCUUUAACUACCGAAGCAUCUCGCCGUAAACCAAAGCGAAAAGUUGACCCUAGUAGGGAAAGGAAAAAAAGAACCAGCGGAAAGUUGGAAAAAAUCAGUGGUUCAAAUAACGAACUUAGCACUCUACUUCCAAGUCCUACACCUCCUUUGUUAGCUGCUCUUCUCCACUCUGGUGGGGAUUUAUCUAAUCCUAACAUUGUGCCUGAUUCAAAAUUGGUUCGAGCUUCCCAAAACCGAAAUUCACGGAACAGACAAAGGCGCUUGAAAAGAUCAACGAGAACCCAUCAUGGAGCGAGAACGAAUCGUGAUGACUCUCUUGUUCCUCUCACUGCCCUUUUUGGUUUGAUAUCAAAUGGCGAGUGCCACCUAGCGACGAGUCACAAUGACACUUCUGAGGGUGCCGUCCACUGCUUUCGCGAUGACAGUGGUCGCUGGCUAGCUUAUACAUUUGAUGAGAAAGGGUCUGGAAUAGCUACAGCUAGUCGAAUCUCCUCAAAUGACAACGAAAAGCUUCUAAAUACUCUCCUUAGACAACAGAUCAGCCAGAAUCUUCACUGCAAUACUAACUGGGAACUACCAGAUUCCUUAAGUAACAGCUACAGCAGUCUUUCAUUGAAUUCUGCGGGAUUAACUGUAAUUGUCGACACUCCUUCUGCCUUAUCGAGCCCCACAAGUAAUCACACGAAAGCCCAGAGUGCGCUUCCUUCGAACUUGAUAAUAUCUCAUAAUCCUAGGAACUCUAAUCGAUAUAUGCAUGAUUCUGAACAAGAUCCCGUGAACUUUGCAUUAGCUGAUAGAAACCGCAGGCUGCAAACUCUCUUCGGGAACUUUAACUCCAACUCCUUCCAAACCGAGGGGAACCAGCCAAUGCCAGUUUUGACCCUCCCUAUACAAAUGGAAGCCGACAAUGGUGCAAACAUCUCGUGGAAUAGAUUCAUCGAUGGUCUCGAGAGCUCGAGUGACCCGAAGUCCAAGCAUUCAAAGCAUUAUUACAAAUGGAAAUUAGGGAAAUUACCUGGUAUCAAGGUUACAUUUGAUCGAUUAGCACUACUUGCUUUACUCGAUCGGAAUUUAACUAUCGUGGAGACAAUUUUUUCGACUCUCCUGGCCAUCGCGGUUGCCGGAUUGGGUCUCAGGCUCCUUCAGCUUGGAUUUUAUCGAGACAUAUUUGCAUUUAUAUUUUGCGUCGUUACCGCUGGUUGCCAAUACUCACUGCUUAAGUCUGUCCAACCUGAUGCAGCAUCUCCCACUCAUGGAUUUAAUCGAAUUGUAGUCUUCUCCAGACCCAUUUACUUCAUCAUCUGCGCUGGACUCAUAAUCCUUCUUCAUGAAGCUCUCAAGAGCUUCCGCAAUUCUGAAUUUCAUGUCUACGGGCUUCGAGUUGCAGACUACGACGUUAUACUACAAACUCGGAAUAUUUUGUUGAUUUUUCUUCUCUGUUUCCCAAUAGUUUUUUCCCUUGGGCUUUUCCCGCAGAUUAAUACUUUUUUAAUGUAUCUCUGCGAACACGUCGACGUUCACAUAUUUGGCGGGAAUGCCACCACUAGCCUAUUCUCGUCUAUAUAUUGUCUUUCUCGAAGUUUCAUCACAAUUGUUAUUUUGUAUGGAUUUGCCUACGGAGCUUUAUCAGAAACUAACUCUUCCCAACAUAUUCUGUUCUCAAUAUUCACGGGGCUCCUAAUGGCAAUUUCUUAUCAUCUGAGUAGAUCUUCUGCCGAUCCCUAUCCCAUCUGGGAUAUUGUCAAGACAAACAUUUGGCCUGCAGAGGUAUAUCCAGAGCAUAAAGAAGAGAUUUCUCAAAAAGAAGAAUCUAAAAUAGAAGCUUGUAAAAAAAGCAACCCUAAACAAGAUUCUGUAAAUAAAGAAGUUCUGAAAGGGAAUUUUGAAAAGGCAGUCACUCAGAAUCAAAAUAAGGUGAAAGUCUCAGGAAAAAAAAAGGAUGUUAAAAUUACAGUUGGUGAUGAAAUUCUGGAUUCUGAACUUGUCGAUCCGCUUCCAAUGAAGUUGAGAGCAACUGUCAAGGCAAGACUGAAGAAUGACCUCAUCGUUUGCGCCGUUAUAGGAACUCUGACAUUCGCAAUUCAUUCAUCAACAGUAUUCACUGCUCUUCAACCGGAACUGAAUCCUGUCCUUUGGGGCAUCACUAGCUGCUUGGGGUUUCUUCUUCAUUAUAUUGUGCCUCAAUUGCGGAAGCAAUUACCUUGGCAAUUUCUUGCUAGACCAGUGCUAAAGAGUUAUGAACAUACGCAGUUCGAAGUUAGAGAACAAGUAAGAAUAAUGUGGUUUGAAAAAGUGUACGUUUAUCUGUGUUUUGUGGAGAAGAACAUUCUUUACCCGGUAGUUUUCCUCGGAGCAUUGACCGAGUGUUCGAACAAGAUUGUUAUAAAGUUUGGAACAAGUAUUGGCGCUCUAGUUAUAGUGAUUUGCGGGUUAAAAUCUUUGAGAUCCUCUUAUUCAGACCCUUCGACCAGAUACUUAGUCUUGGCUUUUUCUGUUCUCUUCUUCAAGGUCGAUUUCAGGAAUUUAAGCGAAACCUUCUUAGUAGAUUAUUUUGUGACUGGAAUAGCUUUUUCCAAGAUUUAUGAAUUGUUGCUGAAGAUCAGGUUUAUUGUUACGUACAUAGCGCCUUGGCAGAUUACCUGGGGCAGCGCUUUCCAUGCAUUUGCUCAACCAUUUUCCGUUCCGCAUUCGGCGAUGUUAUUUCUUCAAGCGGGAAUUUCAGCAAUAUUUAGUACACCAUUAAAUCCUUUAUUAGGAAGUGCCAUUUUUAUUAGUUCGUAUGUGAGACCAGUUAAAUUUUGGGAGAAAGAUUAUAAAACAAGGAGAGUGGAUCAUUCAAAUACGAGAAUGUCUUCGCAUCUAGAAAAAAAUUUGGGAGCUGAUGAUAAUAACUUAAACUCGAUAUUUUAUGAACAAUUGACGAGAUCCUUGCAACACAGCUUAUAUGGAGAUCUUGCUUUGGGUCGAUGGGGAAAUGUGGAGCAAGGGGAUUGUUUUCUGCUAGCGUCAGAUUAUUUGAAUUGUCUUGUGCACAUGAUUCAACUCGGAAAUGGACUGGUGACUUUUCAAUUGAGAGGAUUAGAAUUUCGAGGAACUUACUGUCAGCAAAGAGAGGUCGAGGCAAUUUCUGAAGGCAUCGAAGACAAUGACAAUUGUUGCUGUUGUGAAAUGGGUCAUUUCUCAAAUGUUUUAAGCGUUAAUGCCGCUUUUGGUCAACGUUGGCUUGCUUGGGAAGUAGCAAGUGCCAAGUAUGUCCUCGAAGGCUACUCUAUUUCCGACAAUUCUGCUGUUUCAAUGUUACAAGUAUUCGAUUUUCGUAAAGUUCUUGUUACCUAUUACGUUAAAAGUAUAAUAUUUUAUACGAUUAAGUCACCUAAGUUAAAACUAUGGUUGGAAAACACAGAAAUUAAUGAUGCACUCAAGCCAACUUUCGAGAAGAAUUUUGUUGACCUGGACCCGGUGUUUAAUAUGAAUAUAGAUGAAGACUUCGAUUCUCGAGCCAGUGGAAUCACGAGAAACAGCUUUUGUAAUAUUUAUCUCGACUGGAUUCAGUUUUGCGCUAUUAAGCAUGAUAAGCUAAUCGAGAAAUCGCGUGAGUCAUGUCUUGUAUCACUUUGUUUGGCAUUAAGUCUGCUAGGAAGACGUAUUUUAGGAGCUGCGUCUCAUAACACAGUAUCUAGCGUAGAAUUCUUUUUGUAUGGUCUUCACGCAUUAUUUAAAGGGGAUUUUCGCAUAACGUCUGUACGAGACGAGUGGGUACUUCAUGACAUAGAUUUACUUCGCAGUGUGGUUGCCAAGGGAGUCAGAAUGGCUUUAAAAUUGCACCAGGAUCACUUUAUGAGCCCUGAACAGUACGAGGAAGCAUCAGCUCUUUACGAAGCAAUUGCCAAUCACAAUCAAAAUCUCGUCAUAAGUCACGAAGCUGAUCCACUUUGGAGAAAUGCUGUUCUUAGCGGAGCGUCCAGUCUAUUAGCACUUAGGCAUGUUCUGGAUGAUGGUAUCGAUGAAUAUAAAGUGAUUAUGCUGAACAAACGUUUCUUAAGUUUUCGGGUAAUAAAAAUGAAUCGAGAGUGUGUUCGAGGUCUUUGGGCUGGUCAGCAACAAGAGCUCGUCUAUUUACGAAAUAGAAAUCCAGAACGAGGUUCGAUUCAAAACGCAAAGCAAGCUUUGCGAAAUAUCAUCAACAGUUCUUGUGAUCAACCAAUCGGAUAUCCUAUUUAUGUGUCACCUUUGACCACUAGUUACGCCGAAACUAAUCAACAAUUGUGUUCGAUAGUUGGAGGACCUUUGAGUCUGGGUGCAAUUAAAAAGAACGUUCUUAAGUUGUGGCGAAGAGUAAGAAGAAAAUGCGGGCAAGGCUGCUCUUCGGGCGGUACAGCAUCACAAGAUGAUGGUGGAUUUGGAAACGAUGGAGUUUACGCAAUGACGACGUACAAUAUACAUUCUGGCUAUAGUCAGUCAGGUCACAACACUUCCGCAUCGCAAUCCAUGGACUCGGGAUAUCAAAUCGGUAUAUCCACCGGACGCGGUUCCCUUGGAAGAGUAAAUGCAGGCUCCUUGGCAGGAAAUAGAGGGUCUCUUGUUUCCGUCGGAAAGCCGACAAGUUCCACCUUGGCUAGUCUUGCCGGCUUACUCAGCAGCAGUGAAAUAAGAACGGAAUCAAAGAUUGAGACAAGCUUCACGGCCAAAAUAGAAAAAGAAGUUUUCCAGCGAGUUAGAGCUUCUUGAGGAUUUUCGGAAAGAACAUCUGCAACAGCCGAUAAAGAGUGGAACAUCAACUGUGUCUGCUAAGGGUGCUUAGGCUAGUGUUAGCGCUUUGCAGCCAACCUUCUCAUGGAAGUACAGUGGUAGAGCAUUAAUUGGAAUAAAACAAUAAAACGCAGAUUUUUUGGGUCUGUUUUGGAGGGAAUUUGCUGUAAAUUAUCCUAAUUAAAGCACAGGUUGGUUCGACGGGGAAAAACAUCCAUAAAGGGCAUCAGUUACAAGAAGCUCAUGCUGAUACAAUAACACAAUAGCCUCCAAAAUCAGAUAUAUCCUUAUUCAAUUAGGGACAGAAGCAAAGAUUCAUCAACCAAGAAGGGAAUUGAAUUGGAGCCAUAUAAAUAUAAUUGUAAUGAACCUCAAUUUUUUCGCAGAUAAAAGUAGGCAAAGUGUUAAAAAAGAACAUCAUUGACUCUUCUUACUUAAGUCCCGCAGCUAGUCACAUGAAUAAAUUAACUGAGUCUGGCAUACCAACAACUUUAAAUAAUUAAUAGGAAUUUCUUUCGUUUUUUGAAAUAUCUAAUAUCAAAAUGUUAGUAGAACAACAGCCUCCUAUUGAUAAACUCCCUUUGAAAAAUGUGGAUAAUGGAGAGCUUAUUGAUGUUGAAGGCGUAGAUGCUAGCGAUAAAGAAGAUCAAGUACCAGAUCCACUAGAAUCUGCACCCGAAUAUUAAUUUUCCCGUUAAUGUUAGCAGCGAAAUCUUAAAAAAAAAUGGUAGCAGCUUGAAAGGAAUGUUUAUCUAGCAUUACUAGAAUUCGGGGAUAUCGAACGAACACAAAGACAUCCACUGCUCUACAAGGAUAGACUGGUCUACAAAUACAGUCUUGGUCUUAGGAAGAGAAAGAGGUUGGGUCGUUGGGCUCAUUGUAAGAAGGACAACAGACCCAGAACGCUGGUACACUGCGUGAUUAAUAUUAUUUACUCUCGACGCAUUGAGGAAAUAAUACCGGUAAUAUCGAAUGAUAUUAUUAGUUACUGCUA